CCAGGUGGCUUCUUCGGACGACGCGGCAUGGUUGACGUAAACGUCUGUGGAGACAGUCGUUAAUGACCCAGACGCACCACUCCCGGGGUGAUACAACACGACGGAGCGGCCUGCGAACGCGGAUCAACCAGGGGUUUUGUCCAUCAACUGCUCCAGUCGACGGCAAAGUGUGCUUAGUGAUUUCUCCAGUUUCACAUAUUCGUCUUCAGUGUUCCUGUUAGCUCUGAUAGUGAAUCAUUUUCCCUCGAAAUACGUAGUGCGUUUCGCGUCAAAGUGCUCUGAAUAAGGAUGGUGUGAAGUAUCUCCGCAGUGGGCGUGGUACCCGCUGUAAAAGUGUAACGUGCGACAUCAUUUGUGCCUGCGGAGUCGGCGGCGGCAGGAGGGAUGGUGAUUCCCCACGGCGCGCUGUUUCGGGCGGCGGCCGCAUGAGGCCGCCCUGUGCGGCUGUGGCGGCGCUGCAUCGCGAUGCCAUGUGGCGGCCAUGAGGGCCGACGGGGAAACCCCUUUCCCGCCCCUCUACCAAGCCCCACCGCCGUGUGCAGCCAUGGACGCAGAGCGCGUGGACCCAGCCUUCUGCCGCGCCCUGCGCACCGAUCCCUGCCGGCGCUCCAUACAGGACCUGCAGGUGAUCUACUAUGGGCUGCGGGGCCUGGAGGCGCUGUCCGCCAUCAGAGACUCUGUGCUGCGCGCCAUGUGCCGCGCCGUGCGGUACGAGAGGCACGACGCCAACGACGUCCUCUACUACACUGGCGAACUGUCGACGUGCUGGUACAUCCUGCUGUCCGGUUCCGUGUUCAUCGAUGGCUCCAUGUUCCUGCCGCGAUCCAGGUGAGUGUGACGCCACGCAGUGUGCCUACUCGCUGCCCUGGUAAGCCACAACUGCGCUUCAUUCACCAUACGCCUGACGUAACA